GUCAGCACACGUGUCAAAACUGAAAAGUCAAAGUUUCUACCAGCUGUAUUAGGGUAUAAAUGAGUAAUUCCGAUUACAUUUAAUAAUAAAGUGCUUCAAAGAAAUGAAGGAGAAUAUAUAAUUUUAAACAAAAAACUGGUUAUGUACUUAUAGUCUUAUUUUACUUGUGUUUGAAUAGUUCUACUACUUACUAUCUAAAAAUGUCGAAGAGAAGUCAACCAUGUUGGAGCCCGCCGAUCAGUUCGGAAGCAAGACCAACUUUAAAGCUAUAUAAUAGUCUUACACGCCAAAAAGAAGAGUUCGUGUGUUCCAAUGGUAAUCGAGUCAAUUGGUACAGUUGUGGUCCAACAGUGUAUGAUGCUUCCCACAUGGGUCAUGCAAGGUCCUAUAUAUCAUUUGAUAUUCUACGACGUGUUCUGACUGACUAUUUUGGUUAUGAUAUAUUUUUUGUGAUGAAUAUAACAGAUAUAGAUGAUAAAAUUAUAAAAAGAGGAAGACAAAAUUAUUUAUAUGAGAAAUAUAUUGGAGAGGAAAAAAGCCUUAAUACAAUUGUAGACGAUGCAACUGCUGUCGUGGAUUAUUACGAGGAAGUAGUGAAAAAUACUGCUGAUAUAGACAAGAAAAAUUGUUUACAAAAAUUACUAGAUAAUGUUGCAAGAGCAGUUAAAGAAUUAAAAGGAGCUGUAGAAUUGAAUGAUGAAGAAAAGGUUAAUUCUGCUAAGACUGAAAUAUUAAAAUCUGCUAAAGAUCCGCUAUCAGAAUGGUUAGAUAGUAAAUAUGGUGCGAGUGUUACAGACAAUGCAGUAUUUACAAAACUCUCUAGGCAUUGGGAAAACGAAUAUCAUAAAGACAUGAAGGCACUAAAUAUACUACCUCCCGAUGUAUUAACAAGAGUUAGCGAGUAUGUACCACAAAUUAUUGCAUUUAUACAGAAAAUUAUUGAUAAUGGCCUUGCUUACGAAUCAAAAGGUUCAGUGUACUUCAAUGUUAGUGAAUUUGAUGGUAAAGACAAACACCACUAUGCUCGGCUGGUUCCAGAAGCAUAUGGGGAUGCAAAAUCCUUGCAAGAAGGAGAAGGUGAUUUGAGUGAUGAAAGUGCGGAGAAAAAGUCACCCAAUGACUUUGCCCUCUGGAAAAAAAGCAAGGCUGGAGAACCAUCAUGGGAUUCCCCAUGGGGCGCGGGCAGGCCUGGCUGGCAUAUCGAAUGCUCUGCAAUGGCGGGCGACGUUUGCGGUUCCAAUUUAGAUAUUCACACUGGAGGAGUAGAUCUGAAGUUCCCCCACCAUGAUAAUGAAUUGGCUCAAAGUGAGGCAUAUUUUGACAAGCCAGGAUGGGUGAAUUACUUCCUUCAUACUGGUCAUCUUACUAUCGCUGGUUGCAAAAUGUCAAAAUCAUUGAAGAAUUUCGUGACGAUAUCAGACGCGUUACGACGUCACACCGCCCGGCAGUUACGCAUCGCUUUCCUUUUGCACAGCUGGAAAGAUACACUGGAUUACUCCGAUAAUACCAUGGAAAUGGCGAUCCAGACUGAAAAAUUGUUUAAUGAAUUCUUCUUGACCGUCAAAGAUGCAUUACGAAGUGGAUAUGAUGAAGGUUGCGGAGGAGAAUGGAGUCCAGAAGAACAGCAGCUCUCUAAUAAAAUUUCAGCUGUGAAGGAGCAAGUACAUGCAGCACUUUGUGAUAAUAUAGACACUCGAAGUGCGAUAGAUGCUCUCAGGGAUCUAGUGGGUGCGGUGCACGUAUACUUGCGUCAAACGACACCACGGAACUCACCGCUCCUGGCGUCUGCGGCGCGAUACGUUACAGAUAUACUGCAUAUAUUUGGAGCAAUUGAGGGUCCUAGAGGCCUCAUCGGUUUCCCAGUUGGCGACGCAAACAACGUUUGUCUAGAAGAAGCGGUGAUGCCGUACUUGGAGGCGCUGAGCGCGUUCCGCGGGCACGUGCGCGAGGCGGCGCGCGGCGCGGCGUGCGCACCCGUGCUGGCGCUGUGCGACGCGCUGCGGGACAGCGUGCUGCCCGCGCUGGGCGUGCGGCUGGAGGACAAACCCGACCGUACAAUUGUGAAACUUGUAAGCAAAGAAGAGCUAGCACGAGAGCGGGAGGAGAAGAAGCGAGUUGAAGCUGAAAAGCAAAAGAAAAAAGAAGAAUUGCUGAAAGCGCAGAAGGCGAAGGAAGAACAGAAGAAAAUACCGCCCGGCGAGAUGUUCAAGCGGGAAACUGACAAAUAUUCCAAGUUUGAUGAUAAGGGUUUGCCUACACACGACCACGAAGGCAAGGAGCUAAGUAAGGGUUUAGUUAAGAAGCUUCAGAAGUUGCAACAAGCGCAAGAGAAGAAAUAUAACGAAUAUCUCGCCUCAGCAAAUAGUUCAUAAACACUGCUAAUAGGACUCCGAAUCGAUUCAAUAUCUGUGAAUAUUAGAGUAUCAGUACUUUUAUACAAUCUAACAGUAUUUUUACUUCAAGCAUAAUUGUCUCAUAUUCAUAUACCUAAUGUAUGUAAAAUCUGGUUGGAAAUGGAAAUAAAUGGUUUUUUAUUAUUAUCAACACUAAUAUUAUAACGAGGAAACUUUUGUAAAUUUUAUAACGUUUUCACGCAAAAA